AUGGCGGUGAUUACCCUGGCUCUCCAGGCCCUUGGCCUGGGCGUGAUUCUUAUCUCGGUCUAUACGGUAUACUACAUAAUCUACAACCUUUUCUUCCAUCCGCUACGACACUUCCCCGGUCCUCUGGCAAUGCGCGCCACCCGCGCCGCGUACUGCUACAGACUCGUUCGCGGCACCCUCUCUUUCGACAUGCUAGAACUCCACCGGAAGUAUGGCCAAGUAGUCCGCAUCGCUCCAGACGAGCUGGCCUUCUCCGACGCGGGGGCGUGGAAAGUCAUCUUUGGCCACAAGACAGGAACGAACACCAGCAACGCCGCAGGCCAGCCGACGACCACGCAGUCUCUCAGCUUUGAAAAGUCCGACACGUUCUACAGACCCAUCCCAGGCCUCCCGCGAGACAUCAUCACGGCCCUGGGGCCCCAGCACGCCGCGCUGCGGAGGCAGAUGUCGCAUGGGUUUAGCGACCGCGCGCUGAGGGAGCAGCAGCCCGUCAUCAUGAAAUACGUCGACCUAUUUAUCCAGAGAAUGCGGGAACAUGCGGCCGCAUCGACGACCUCUUCGCAGUCUUCGGGCGGACAGCAGAGGCCGAUCGACAUAUCGUUGUGGUACAACUAUUGCACGUUCGAUAUCAUUGGAGACCUAGCGUUUGGGGAGCCCUUUGGAUGUUUAGACAACUGCGACUACCAUCCGUGGGUGAGAACGGUGUUCCAGAUGGUGAGAGUCGGCGUGGCUUUCCAGACGGCGAAUCACUACCCCUGGCUGAGGAGCAUUAUCACUGCAGCGCUGUCGACGAAGGCGAUGCAUAGGAGGAGGGAAGAACACAGGCAGAUGACAAUGCAGAAGGUUCUGCGGAGGAUCGAGCUAGGGAAGAAUGGCCCGCGGUCGGAUUUGGUUGAAGGGCUGCUGAAGAAAAGGGAAGAGUGGAACAUGUCCUUGGACGAGCUCGAAGCAAACAGCAGCAUUCUCAUCAUCGCGGGCUCUGAGACUACGGCAUCGGUCCUCGCAGGGGUCACGUACCUACUACUUAAAAACCCCGACAAGAUGCACAAGUUAACGAAAGAGGUCCGGACGAUGUUCCAAACGGAAGAAGAGAUUGACCUCACUUCUGUCAAUAAGUUGUCUUAUAUGCUGGCGUGUCUCGACGAGACGUUGAGGAUGUAUCCGCCCGUGCCCACGGGCCUCCCGAGAGUUGCGCCGGAGGGCGGCGCUACAGUCGCCGGGCGUUACGUCCCGGAGAAUACGAUAGUCGCUAUUCAUCAGUGGGCGACGUAUCACGACGAGAGGAACUUCAAAAACCCGUUCAAAUUCCAUCCGGAGCGGUUUUUGGAAGAUCCCGAGUACGCAUCUGACAAACGAGAGGCGCUACAGCCGUUCCACGUCGGACCUCGGAACUGUUUGGGCAGAAACUUGGCAUACGUCGAGAUGAGAAUCAUGCUGGCGCGACUUAUAUGGAACUUCGAUCUGUUGCUCGCGGACGACAGCCAGGAUUGGAUGGAAAAGCAGAUGAUAUACGUUCUGUGGGCGAAGGGACCGCUGAAUGUGUAUUUGAAGCCUGUCGUGAGGGACUGA